ACCCGGUGGCAGCAGACGCGGCCCGUUGCGCAUCGGUGCGCCUUGUAGGAAACAACGCCUGCUAGCUGCAUGGCCGAAUCAGCAUAACCUUGGAAAGCAGACGCGGGAAGCAACAAACAGAAGUUGCUAGCAGUUAAAUUCUAGGGCUGCUCACUCGCCGUGAUCGUCACCGGAUGACUCACUUUCCACUACCGAAGGACUCCUGGUCCUUCAAGUCCCAGUCUGCAUGCUCUCGGGGCCCUACCCCAAACAUCCUGCAGUACUGCAGAAAUCGCCAGCUGUGGGGCGACCAGCGGCAGCAGCUCCCUCAGGAGCCCCGCUGCUUCCGCCUGGAGGACCUGGUUUCCCAGGAGGUUCUACGCAGUGGGACCGUGUUUCUUGGCUUUCUGCCCGGGGCACAGUGGGUAUUAUCCUACAUAGCCGAGACUGACCCGCAGCAUGAACUGCCUCCGCUCUACCUCUACCGGCUCCAGUGGUGGUCGUUCGUGCCCGGUCAGCCCCUGCAUCUGGUGCGCGAAACAGCGCUGUUCGGUGGGGUAGGUGUGGAGCCCGAGUUGGAGAUCGUCUUUUCGCAGUGGUCAUGCGACCCCACGUGCGUCCUCGUUGCUGGCCACUCCUGUGUACCGCCGCGUCAGUGUAGGCAUGACAACGACUUGUGGUAUGUGUCCCUGGUCGGCAUGCCCGGGAGGAGCGAGGACAUUCUGCACGCCACAUACCAGUGUCCAUCGGGGGCCCAGGCCCUACCCCGACUGCUGUGUAAGGGCCUUCUCUUCCUCCCCGUUGGCCCGGACCUGAUGCUGCUCAAGACAGAUCAGAGCCAAGGAUUCCCAACAAGCGACUUUGAUCCAAGUAACGAUUGGUGCUCGGCUGGGCUGCGAGAGGUGGAAACCUGCUCCGCUCUGCUCUCCCUUAGCACGACAUCGGCUGCAGAGUAUGCCACUGUGCUGGACCUGAACUGGCUGUCUGACUAUCUCGCCAAGAAGGUGUGUGCCGAGCACAACCUCACCUACAAGGAGCUGCUGGACUACCAGGCGUACGCAGUGCCAGGAGCGUCACAGGGGACGCAGGCCAGCCUUAUGCUAAUGUUCCUGAUGAGAGCCUUCUGUUCCCCAGCGAUUCCUGAUCACCCUGGCGGGAGGACCAACUUCUUCUAUACAGUCACCGCGCGUCUCCAGUGGGACCUGAAGACCGGCCUAUACUAUUUGGAAGCUAUCGGUCGUCCCAGUAGACUGUG